AACUGAAUCCCUACUCUUGCUGAGUACUCUCUUCCCUCUUCUCGUUUUCCUUCUCAGUUUCGACAAAAUCUCCAUAUCACUUCAAAUUUGAUAUUAUGAAUUGUGUGGUAUGCUCAGGACGUGCUACUAAUCGGAAUUAUGGAGCGAUGUCUUGUUUUGCUUGCAAAAUGUUCUUCCAUAGAACAGUCUACAAAAACCUGCUGUUUAGAUGCAAACGUAUCCAAAAUUGCACAAUCCACUUCAAAAUAUUUCCAAAAUGUCGUGCAUGCCGAUUCCAGAAAUGUUUGAUCGUCGGAAUGACACUUGCUCCGUUGAAUGAUGGAAUAGUCAGCAUUGGAAAUCAAUCUGACUAUAGCUAUGCCAAGUUGUUAGAUGAUUUGAAAUUUAAAAAUGAUAAAAACUAUUCACAUUUUGUCAAUUUCUAUUCAUUGGAGGACCCGAGCUUGGCGGAUAUUUUAAAGGAUAGAGGUAUUAUGAAACUUGUGAAGAGGACACCCAAGACACUCAACGACGUCGACCAAUGGUCAAUUAUGAUGGCAUAUUCUCGAAUAUCAUAUUUUCUAGAUUUCAACUUUAUUCGAGAUCUAGAUUCCAGUGACAAAAAUACACUUUUCAAGUAUAAUAUCUCGCGAGCUGGGUGCCUAGCACUUGCCAAGUGCGCAUUCAAUGAAAACAAACCGAAGUUAACAUUUCCAAACGAUGUUGAUGCUUUUCCAUCUGAAAUGUAUAAUCUUUGUGGAAGUUCUACAGCUGUUCUGAAUCAAGUGUCGGGACAAGUGAUCGCCAAGUUUGUUGAAUUGAAAAUCAAAGAUGAGGAGUACUUACUUCUUAUAUUGGUCAUGUUUUGCAAUCCAUCAAUAUCGAAUGACUUCUCUGACAAAACGAAACUCGCUUUAUCUUCCCACCAACAAGCUUUUUGCUCUGCUUUGUUCCGUUAUUGCCAGAUAAAUUAUUCAAAAUCUGCACCAACUCGGUUCACGGAACUUUUAUCACUUUUUGGAAUUGUCAACAAAUCGGUGGACAAUAUGAACAAUUUGAGCAUGAUGCUACAAUUUUGUGAGCCGAAAUUUCAAUUUAAACGGAUUAUGCAAGAUCUUUUUUCUAAUUCAUUAUUAUAAUGUUUUAUUCCAUAAUAAUAUAAAAUUGCUUACUU